ACCGCGCGCUCCCGCGCUGAAGACCCGCGCACGCGCACAGCAGCUCCUCUCCUCACGUUUCGCCAUUAGCGCCUCUGCGGCAGGUGCACGCGACGCCAAAAUGCAGAUUUUCGUGAAAACGCUGACGGGUAAAACCAUCACACUCGAGGUCGAGCCGUCAGAUACUAUUGAGAAUGUCAAGGCAAAGAUCCAGGACAAAGAAGGGAUUCCUCCGGACCAGCAGAGGCUGAUCUUCGCAGGGAAGCAGCUGGAGGACGGGCGCACACUGUCAGACUACAACAUCCAGAAGGAGUCCACUCUGCACCUGGUGCUCCGGCUGCGCGGCGGAGCCAAGAAGAGGAAGAAGAAGUCCUACACCACCCCGAAGAAGAACAAGCACAAGAGGAAGAAGGUGAAGCUGGCCGUACUCAAGUACUACAAGGUGGACGAGAACGGGAAGAUCCACCGUCUGCGGCGCGAGUGUCCGGCGGACGAGUGCGGCGCUGGAGUCUUCAUGGCCAGUCACUUCGACAGGCAUUACUGCGGGAAGUGCUGCCUGACCUACUGCUUCAACAAACCUGAGGAUAAAUAAUCAAUAAAACACACAAAUCAGCA